AUGGGGGGAGCGAAAGGAGGCAAUCGACGACCGAAAAUUCCCGAUUGCGACUUAGAGCAUUUGCAAGACGUCUUGACCGAGAUAGCGAGGGGCGAAUCCGGUUUGCACUUCAAGGGCUACUUGGGUGUACUCAAGAGCCAGGCCAUUCUAGGGGCCGACCUUGUGGAGCACACCUAUCUCAUCAAGAAGUUGUGGGAACUUCAGCCUACACUUUUGUUACGCUAUGCAGACCUCAAGAUGAUCUUCAGUCGCAUUUGCAAUAACUUCCCUGCCAUCAGGAACCAGUUUCCGAUGCACCAACAGGGGCAAGCACCCAGCAAGCUGGCCGAGGCCUUGAUGACUGUGUGCACGCACACCCGCCGGCUCAAAGAUCCAGUUCGCUUUCGGGAAGCAAGUUCCACUUUGCACGAUUGGCAAGUCCUUAAGCUUCAGGAACUCCGGGCUUUGGUGCAGGAUGAUGUCGAGGACCAGAGCUCCGGAAAGAUCACGAAGAAGCCGAGCACCCCCGAGAAGAAGAACAAGCAGAAGCCAAGCACACCCGACAAGAAGAACAAGCUCAAGCCAAGCACACCCGACAAGAAGAGCAAGCAGAAGCCAAGCACUCCCGUGAAGAUCCUCCCCAAGCACAGCAGUGACGAAGUCAGCAUUGCAGACACACAGUUCUGCCUGGAGAUGGAGAUCCCUUGUACCCAGGAGACCGACGGCAGUGAGAUCAAUCUCAGCGACCUCAGGCAGGAAGCCGAUGCCUUGUCGCCAGUGCCCGCUCGGAAGAAAAACGUGAAGAAGUGCCUCGAGAACGAAGGCCCUACGAAGAGCCUGAAAGCCAUGAAGGUCAUGAAAGCCAUGAAGGCUACGAAGACAAUCAAAGCGAUGAAGGUUUGCCGGAAGCCAGCAGCUGCUGUGGAGCAGUGCUACAGGGAUCAGAAGCUGUUUCUGAUGCCAUACAAGAAGCAUCCGAACAAGCCGGUGGCAAUCAGGGUCCAGGGGGGCAAACAGCUCCUGCAAGUUUCCAGAUUUGGCAGUGUGAAAGAGAACUCGAAACAUGCUGCACGUCUCUUGAAGAAGCUCAAGGGCGGCUGUUCCUUGCAGCAGGUGUUGGAGAUGAAAAAGAAUCUCUGA